UUACUCUGCGGGGACUGGAGCUGGAAGGAGACACACUAGGGUCUAUCUGCAGGAGAGACACGCUAUUGGCCGCGGAGGGCCCCAUAAGGGAGGAGCGAGCGGGAUUCAGACACGAAUGUUUGGUUUCCAGCUGUCAGUCAUAUAACUUACAGUAGGCUAUAUUCCCGUGGAUCACCUGUGCAAGGCCGAAAUGGACGACCAAGGGUGUCCGAGAUGCAAAACAACCAAAUACAGAAAUCCGUCGCUGAAGUUGAUGGUGAACGUCUGCGGUCACACGCUAUGUGAGAACUGUGUGGAGAUGCUGUUUGUGCGUGGUUCGGGUAACUGUGUGCAGUGCGACACGCCCCUGAGGAAGAGCAACUUCCGCGUGCAGCUCUUCGAAGACCCGACUGUUGAUAAGGAGGUGGAGAUUCGUAAGAAGGUGCUGAAGAUAUACAACAAGAGAGAUUUUGACUUCCCCAGCCUGAGAGAAUAUAACGACUACCUUGAGCAAUUGGAGGACAUAGUGUAUAACCUGACAAACAACAUUGAGGUCGAGAACACCAAGCUGCGGAUGGAGCAGUACCAGAGGGAGAACCGAGAUCUCAUCCAGAGGAAUAAGGUUAAACUUACACGAGAGCAGGAGGAGCUGGAGGAGCUGUUGUUGCUGGAGCAGCAGGGCAAUGAGCAGCGGAGACUGGACUUGCUGCAGGAGGAGCAGAGGCAGCUACAGGCCAAGAGGAAGAACAAGCAGGCUCUGCUGGAUGAGCUGGAGCAGUCUCAACUUCCUGCCACCAUCUUGCUUGCCCAGCACAAGGUCCGCGCUGCCAAGCUGGAGACUCAGAUAGAGCAACAGAAGCAGGCGGUCAAACCUACCAGUUUAUUUUCAACUGGAAUCCAUAUGCGCCAGACGGUGUCUCUUCAGCCUGCUCCUAAGAUAGAGGAAGUUCUGUACCACUACAACCCCCUUCAAGUUGAAACCUACGGCCCCUUAGUGCCUGAACUGGAACAGCUGGGCAGACUCGGGUAUCUAAACCACGUGCGGGCUGCCAUGCCUCAGGACACAGCUGGAGGAUACACCUCAGCUUUGGCAUGUCAUCGAGCGCUUCAGGAUGCUUUCAGUGGGCUGUUCCUUCUGAAACGCUGAGCACAUCCAGAGCUAAAACAGCCACUGGUUAGAAAUGUGACUAAAACGACAAUAAAAGCCACACUGCACAGAGA